AUGGGAUCGCGAAAGCGCACCCACUCCGAGGUCGCCCCGGCGGCCGAGCAACAGGCACCAGGAGAGCCUGGUUUGCUCUCACAGCUCAGGAGCAACUGGGCAUUUGCCAGCCUCAUGCAAUACAUUGCCAUCUUUGGCCAGGUCAUGAAGAUUGACGAGGAGUUUGGGAUUGAGGACCUAGAAGUCGAAUGCCUCAAACCUGAGCCCUCUCAUAAACUACUGGAGAUUGGAUUGUGUCUCCUCAAGUGGAUUUCGUCGCAUCGCGGUCUUACAUUCGACAAUUUCGAUGAAUACACCCGACGCCAGUACAAUGCGAAAGCACCUAAUACCACUAAUCCCUUCGGCCACGAUGAAGAACCAAAUAAGUUCUUGUAUUUCGAUGUUUUCACCAAGAUCCGUGUCCUCCACCAGCUGACGAUAUGGACAUUCUGGAACGCGGACCGCAUUCGCGACAAGAUGCCCGAAAAGAAGGAAACGGAACAGACAGAAUGGCGUAUUGAAGAAUUUGGCUGGGACCGCGAGGGGCGUUCAUACUAUGUCCUAGACGACAAUCGUCUUUACCGUCGCACCGACCCACCUCCCCCUCCCCCUCCUCAUCGUCCCAAGAAGAAGGCAAAGAGCCGGUCUUCUCGAGUAUCAAGAACGUCAAAGCGUACCUCUACAGCAGCGGCGGAAGAGGGUUCCGACGAGGAGAGCAAGGAUACCAACGAUGCAAGUGCCGUCGCGGCCUUUGCUGAAGACCCUUUCAAGUGGGAGUGUGUGGCUGUCACACUUGAGGAAUACCAGGCUUUCUUGGAGACACUCCAAAAAACCAAGGACGCGGACGAGAAAUACCUGCGCGAUAGCAUUGUUGAGCAUGUCCUACCUAUCCUCGAGAAGGCAGAGGAAGCGCAGCAGCGCAAGCGCCAGAAGCGUGAAAAGGAGCUUUUGAAUCUGCAGCUUGUCGCAGGAGCGAAGAGGUCCAGUCGACUCGCCGCCAAGGAAGAAAAAGAACGGCAGGAUCGAGAUGCUGCUGAAGCCGCCCAAAAGCGUGAAAACGACCUGGCCGAGGCUCGUAAGGAGCAGGCGAGACAACACCAGCUUGAAGAAGAUCGACAGUCGCGUACAAUGACUCGUGAGCACCGCAUCAGAGACCGUGAACAGAAGCGACUGCUACACGAGGCGGAGCUAGAAAGGAUCGCGGAAGAACAAGAAAGAAUUGAUAGGGGUGAAAGCCGGGUGUCUGCCCGAAACCUCCAGGCUGACCUGGAGAAGUCCCAGAAGAACCUGGCAGGACUUACCCAAGAUGACCAGUGGGUCUUUGAUUGCUCUGGUUGUGGAGUGUAUGGCGAGAACUUGGAUGAUGGAAGUCACAGUGUUGCCUGCGAAAAAUGCAAUGUUUGGCAGCAUAGCAAGUGUCUUGGUAUUUCACAGGAAGCGGCCGAAAAGGAAAACUUUCACUUUGUCUGCAAAGACUGCAAGCAAAAAGAAGAAGACGCCAACAGGCCCAAACUUCCACCCCUUAAAUUCCGGGUCAGCGCCUCAGCAUCUCCUUCAGCUGCUCCUCCAGCCAGUAAGAAGUAUAAGUUAGAGGGUGACGAAGGCCAUGCUCCGCCCUCGCCUGUGAAGAAGUCACACCUGGCUCUAUCCAAUAUUCAAAACGAACCCUCAAGAACACAACCUACUCUACACUCGUCCGCUCUUGCUCAUGGCAACUUCUAUCCUCCUCCGUCUCCCCAGCGCCGGGUCCAUCACACAGAUCACACUCACCUUCCAUCUUCAAGCCCUCCUCGUCCACCAUUUUCUCCACCAAAGGGCAUGAAUGGCUUGCUACAUGCCACUAUGGAGCAGCACCCGCGGCCAUCCUCCUCUCAACACUCCUUUCUGCCUACACAACCAGCUCCUCAUCUUCCCCCCGUUGGAUCGUUCCCUGUGCGGCCUUCCUCUCACGCUGCCCAAAGUCCUGUCCAAAAUCAACCAUCUAUGUCACCUACACAGGGCAACCCUGAUGUUGGCCCUAUUGCAGGCUUCCCGCCUGUUGUUCCAAGCCAUACACCAUCUCCGUGGGGUUCUUUCGAGACUCCGCGUCCGCAGUCAGGUCAUGCAGCCACGCCGUCGAUGUCUAGCCACUACCCGUCUUUCUCUGCCGCGACGCCCAACGGCAACCACUCUUCACCUCCUCAAAGUUCUCACGGCAUGGCUAUGUCGGGGAUUAGCCCAACUAAGCAGUCACCUCGUCCUCUUACUGGCAGUGGCAUGGCAGGCGCACCAGUCCUGCCGCCCAUCCGCAGACUGGAGCCGAGCCCGAAGCUCAUGGGCCGUAGCUCUCCAGAUGCUCCGAUUCCCCCGCCUGUCAAGUGCAUGACUCCUGAGCAAGAGGAACGCCGACAGAGAGAGAAUGCUUCAAUGCUACACCAGGCCCACCACUACCAGGGCAAUGGCCAGCAUCUGAUGUCAUCGCCAUCGCUGAAUCGCAUUCCUCCCUUGGCCUCUGGGACCAUGUCUCAGUACCCUGACCCUGUUCCUUCGCCUCAGCGCGAAAGCAAUGGCCAAAACCAAUGA